AUGACAUCACUAUAUCACAAUGUAGAUGAAAAAACAGCAUCAUCAAAAAAUUCGUCGAACAAAUCAGGAAAGAGAAAGAGAAAACGUAAAAAGAAGAAACACCGGCCAGCAUUAGUCUUAUACAUUGAUGGUGAUUAUGUACAUCUCUUAGUUACUAGUGGACUCCAUGGAAGCAUAACAUCGAACAGUGAUCCAGCAGAGAAAAUCUUUCUUCCACAACUAAGUUGUCAAGAAGUUAUACAAUAUCUAUUACCAAUACACCCAACGAAUAUCUUAAACAACAACAGACGUAGCGUGAUGCUCACACUACCAACCACUCCGUCAAAAUAUUUUAGUCCAAAAACAAAUUAUUAUGUUAUCAUGAAGAUAGUGACCCAGGUUAUUAUGGCACGGUCGGUUCCGGCCGGAAGUUCAAGCGUAGGUUCCAGUCAUUUCCCGACCGUUUCCUGCAAACUUCGAGCUGGAAACGGUCAGGAACUGAUCGGAUAUUUCCUGUGCAAUUCCGGCCGGAAUCCGGCGGCAAGGAACCUACCGGAACUUGCUGGAAUCGAGAAGAGCUGUACCGGAACCGACUCAGAUUUCACCGGAUCCAGUCGCCGGAAUGAUCGACCUGGGUAA